AUGAAAAUCACAAAUUACUUAUCAAUUAUUAAUCUCUUUGUUGUUUUAUUAAUAUCAUUUAAAAAUGUUCAUGAAAUUUCUUUAAUUAAUACAAAAAAAUAUCAACGUAAUAUAUUUUGUGCUAAAAGAAUUUUAGGAGAUCCCCCCUCUGCUAAUCCAUCUACUAGUUUGAAUCAAAAUGAGGAUAAUCAUAAUUCAAACCCAGAUGCUAACAAAGGAAAUACAAACAAAUCAGAUAAACUAAAUGGUGAUAAUAUACCAAAUUCUCAAAGCAAAUCUGAAAAUACAAAUCUAUCUGAAUCCCCUAAAACUGGAACUGCUUCAAAUCCACCACAGCCCGAACCUUCAGUACAACCAGGUAAUACAAAUGGCGAUUCCCAAAAUUCCAUUCACUCUGAUGAUGAAGAAGAAGAUGAUGAAGAUGAAGAUGAUGAUGAAGAAGAUUGUUCAGUGAAUAAUGGGGGAUGUGGAGAAAAUUUAUUGUGUGAAAAAAUGGAAAGUGGGAUAAUAAAAUGUUCAUGUCCAUCUGGAUAUAAAUUAAACGGUACUAGCUGUAUCGAAUUACUCAGUGCGCAUUCAGUAAAUUACUGUUUUUGCGGAAUUUUAAUUAUUUUAAUUAUUUUAGUUUCCAUGAUAUAUUAA